CAUUACACCCACACAGAAUCAAAACACAGUCAGAUUGUACUUCUUGACUGGAGGAAAGUCCGGAGUCCUGAGGAAGCCAAUCAUGUCCCUGUACAGGACUUGGAGGAACUUUUCCAGGGUUGGGAAACCUGUUUUGGUGAUGAGCACAAGGAAAAUGUCUGAUGUCUCAAGCAAGACAGAACCAGGUCUUGUGGAGACGGAGAAGAGAGACAGCAUUUUUCUCAUCGGGAUCAACAGGCCUCAUGUCCGUAACUGUGUCAACAACCAGACUGCCCUGCAGCUCUUCAAGGCCUUCCAAACUUUUGAAAAUGACGAGUCAUCAUUGGCUGCCGUUUUCUAUGGAAAAGGUGGUACCUUCUGUGCAGGUUAUGAUCUUACAGAAGUAGCAUCAGCAGCAAGUGAAAUUGAAGAAAUGCCCUUUGGAGAGACAGAUGUUGGUCCCAUGGGCCCCUCACGUAUGAGGCUGAGCAAGCCUGUCAUUGCAGCUGUGGAUGGUUAUGCUGUAGCAGGUGGUAUGGAGCUAACCCUGUUGGCUGACAUGAGAGUGAUGGAGGAGGACGCCAUCAUGGGGGUCUUCUGUCGUCGCUUUGGCGUUCCUCUUAUCGACGGAGGCACUGUCCGACUACCCCAGCUCAUCGGCCUAUCAAGAGCCCUGGAUCUCAUUCUCACAGGCCGUCCUAUUGGUGCUCAAGAGGCUCUGGAGUUCGGAUUAGCCAAUAGGGUUGUGCGAAAGGGAAUGGCACUGGAAGCAGCUAUGGCAUUAGCCAAUCAAAUUGCAGCAUUUCCACAAGAGUGUAUGAGGGCUGAUAGGCGUUCCGCAUAUUAUGGGAUGUUUGAUUCUCCAUCUUUUGUAGAGUCGAUGAAGUUUGAGUACAACAAUGGGAAGGGUGUGGUCGCAAAGGAGUCCGUGAAAGGGGCUACACGUUUCACAGAGGGGGUCGGGAGGGGGGGCUCAUUUGAUGCGUUUAAGCCAAAACUGUAACUUUAAUACUCUAAAGUAGUGUGGGUAUUCCAGUGGUUAGUGACCCUGCCUCUGGACCAAGAAGUCAUGAAUUAUGUAAUUCAAGCUUUGUCACUCAGCUAUUGGAAAGGGUCACAGUCCUAAUAGGACGGGACAUUAAGCCAUGGUCCACUGUUCAUUGUCCUCCUUGAUUGUACUUGAAAUACAAUGAAACUGUAGAUACUGUACAUGUAUACAGCAUCUGUGUCUCCAUCUAUCUUAACCAGUGAAAUACUGUAUUUUGUAAUGGUCAGAAAUAAUUCCUUCGUAAUCGAUCGUAUCAUCAUGGAGUUAAAAGGUUGAUGGUAUCUUUCUAUUAAAGUGAGCACAAAGUUUAUGGUAGUACAAUAUUCCAUUAUUUACCAUAUUAUGUGCCUUCCAUCUGCCAUCAAAAAAUUCUAGCUGGCUAUGAUUAUAAUCAAUUAUUAUCAAUUUAUCCAAUAAAGACAUCUAUCUCCUCCAUUAUACUUGAAAGGUGUU